ACAAAUUACCUGAAAGAAACCCCAGUUCUCACAAGCAUCGUGCAGAAUCUCCAUGGCCUUGCUCCUGUUUUCACCUUCAAGAUCACUGAAAUCAAUGGCGGGGAGCUCCAUAGCUUGCUCAGGCAUUGUCCUCCUAUUCUGCAACUGUGAAGAAGUCUGAAAUCUGUGGGCAUCUCGAAUUCCAUUGUGGGAUCAAUGAAGGUAUUGUCUUUGGGAAAACUGUGGGAUGGAAAUGGGACUGAUUUAGAUUUGGAUCUCAGGGUUUCCUGCCAGUUGGAUUUCUUUUUUUCCUGCAUAUGUAAUGCAAAAGUAUUGUAGGUUAUGGUACUGUUGCUCUGUAGCUUGGUUUUCAGCUGAAAGGGAUGGAGAAGAAGGAUGGCUGCUGCAGGGAUUCCUGAAGGAAGAACAUCGGCGGAUCCAGAACAAGUUAGAGUUAUGGGCCGCAUUUAACAAGCGGUGGAGAGGGUUAGACCAUAACCCUAUAAACAUUGAAAUAUAUACCCAAAAUCAAAAAUUUACAAGUACUAUACGAGUUUUGCAUCCGGAGAGGGUUGGGUCGUGGCCCAGGGCGGCCCCUAGAUCCGCCGCUGGAUAGAUGAAUGAAUUUUGUAACUGUAUUUUUUUAGUGUUCAAUGUAAAGCUUUCUAAACGCAUUGUUAAUUAUUUGCAAAUGAUAAUAAUAUUAUGUAUGCACCAGAAACACCGAGAUGCAUG